AAAAAAAAAAAAAAAACCCAAAAGCAAACUAAAAAACCCAACAAAUUCCAAAGCACACAAACUCUUGAAACAAAUUUUCUAAGCCAUUUUCUCCACUUCAUGAACAAAGGGGAUUUACAUCUGGUUUACAUUAUCAAUCAAAAUUAGGCAAAAAGCUUAAAAGAAUUUCUAAAACAUGAUAGAUGCACAGAUGAUCACAUCAAAUAACAAGAGAAGUGAGAUAACCCAAAAAUGCUUAUGCAGAUGCUUUCAGCAUUCUUAAAAUAUUUUUUGCUGUCUUAGCACAAACAGAGCUUAUAGCUGGUCUUCCACAAAUUUGCUAGUGUUGGAAACUGAAUGUUAAAGAGAGAAAAAGUUCACUCUAAGUGUACGGCUUGAUGCUCAGGGGUCUUUUUUUGGUUUGCUCGGGGGAAGACAGUGCUGUUAGAGACGACACGGACUGCGUAGGGCAGGAGAAGGGGCUGGGGCUGGGUCUGGAGCCGCUCCAGCAGCAGCUCGGUUACAGUUUGCAGACAGGCGCCAAAAUUCAAAACACGCGCUGUACUGCACUGCAGCUCCCCAGCGCGGCUGGAACAAAGCGCAGGGGGCGGGUGGGGCAGGAUCCGACUCCCUGCGAGCAGCGACCGCAGCACCCUGGGAUUUGUAGUCUCUGCUCUGUGCUUCCUUUCCCGAUUCAGGCAGAAAGCUGAAUUUCGCGCUAAGCCGCCCGUCAUAUCAUCAGAUCUCACUGGCAGCGCCCUGCCGGCAGCGGCCCUCGUGUAGAGAGGCUGUGCCUUUCAGAAAGUGCACGGGGAGUGAUCUUGCUUCAUUUUAGCUGUUCCUCAUAAACACCCUCCGGGGAACCCGCUGAUACCCACCGUUCCACAGAAUGGUGUGUGAACUCCCACCCUCGGCUCUCGGUAGGGGACGGAGGCGAAGGGACACGCAGCGCUGUCCCGGGAGAGGGGAUGCCCGAGCAGGUGGGACAGGCAUUCUGCUGUCUCACGCAGCCAGGACAAGUAGUUUUGCAUCAGAUGGACAUUUUGAGUAAAGUGCAUUCAGGUGGAAACCUGUUAUUUAUGCAGUGAUUGCUAAAGAGACUUCCAGCUAUUUGCCCACAUGGAUAUUGAGCAUCCAGAAUUCCUGGGUUUAUUCCAAGGUUUUCCAGUUUGAGGUGUACUUGAUACUAGGAUUUCACAUGAAGAUUGUUUUAGUUCUAUUUUGAGACCAAAUAACUACUACCUACUUUUUCACCCUGGGUCCCUAAGUUUUCACAUUGUAUGCUGUAUUUCCUUGCUGUCUUUCCUGUUUCUCUAUCCAGACUUAUACUCCCACCUUUGUAUAAUGCUCUUGCUAUUUUUUCUCUUUAGUCUGCAUAUAGAUGACACACUUUUCAGUCUGUUUUUUCAACUUCUCCUUUUUCUCAGCCCUCUCUUCAGCUCCCUCAGCAAAAAGGCACAAGACUAGGAACAGCUUUUAUCAGGAACGGUAAUCUAGUUUAUACUAGUUAAUGCGCAAGAACUGACAGAAUUUGGGGUUUUGGGGAAAAAUACGACUCCAAAUACUCAGGAACAGAAAACUUCUCAGUGAAUUUUAGUUUGUACAAAGUCUGACUAUGUAGCCAAAAAAACAUCACUCUUCAGGCACUCCUAAAAAUAUCAACCUUGGGAUGUCCAAUCCAUGUUUUCUCCAUUUCAGCACAUACCUGGACCCUGGCCUGUGCACAGCCGACAGCAAAGGGCAAAAUCACACAGAGCACAGGCGACUGUGGACGAUAUUUGAGGGAACUACAGUGAAAACACAAACACACCCUUUCAGGGAACCCAUCAGCCCACAGGCCUGAGCCCCGCGGGGGAUCCGGGCUGCUGCUCCGCCAGGAAGGAGUGAGGGUCAGUCCUGUCGGUCGCUCCAGUCCCCUCCGCAGCUGCCACCAAAACCUCUUCGGUUCAGAACCGGCCCCAGGCCCGGCUCCGUCCGUGACGCGCAGCCCGAACCGCCCGCGAGCCCCGAUCGGCCGCAAAAUGGCGGACAGCGCUGCACCCCGCGGCCAUCUUGGCGCCGGGACUGCAUGUCCCAGGCGGCGCCGCGGCGCGAGGGGCCGCCCGCCCGCCAUCUUAGCGCUCCCUCCCCCGGUGCGGCGGGAUUGAAUGAGUCGCUGCCCGCCCGCCCGCCAGCCCAGCGCCAUGUCAGGCACUCCGAGCCGCGGCACCCCCGGCGGGACCCCGCUGUCGCCGACCCGCAUCUCCCGGCUACAGGAGAAGGAGGAACUGCGGCAGCUCAAUGACCGCCUGGCUGUUUACAUUGACCGUGUGCGGGCACUGGAGCUGGAGAACGACCGUCUGCUGCUGAAGAUAUCGGAGAAGGAGGAGGUCACCACCCGGGAGGUGAGUGGAAUCAAGAGUCUCUAUGAGUCUGAACUGGCUGAUGCUCGAAGAGUUCUGGAUGAAACUGCCAAAGAGAGGGCUAGAUUACAAAUUGAAAUAGGAAAACUGAGAGCAGAACUUGAGGAGUUCAAUAAAAGCUACAAGAAGAAAGAUGCAGAUUUGUCUGUGGCUCAGGGUCGUAUCAAGGAUCUGGAAGUUCUCUUCCAUAGAAGUGAGGCAGAACUCAAUACUGUCCUGAAUGAGAAACGCAGUCUGGAAGCAGAGGUGGCUGAUCUGCGUGCCCAGCUUGCUAAGGCUGAAGAUGGUCAUGCUGUGGCAAAGAAGCAGUUGGAGAAGGAGACACUCAUGCGUGUGGACCUGGAAAAUCGGUGCCAGAGUUUGCAAGAGGAUCUGGAUUUCAGGAAGAAUGUAUUUGAGGAGGAAAUAAGGGAAACAAGAAAACGACAUGAACAUCGUUUGAUUGAGGUGGACACAAGCCGCCAACAGGAGUAUGAAUCCAAAAUGACUCAGGCUCUGGAAGAUCUGCGAAAUCAACAUGAUGAACAAGUCAAACUGUAUAAGAUGGAGCUGGAGCAGACAUACCAGGCUAAGCUGGAGAAUGCCAAAUUGUCCUCUGACCAAAAUGACAAAGCUGCUGGUGCAGCUCGAGAGGAGCUGAAGGAGGCUCGCAUGAGGAUAGAAGCUCUCAGCUACCAGCUUUCUGGUCUUCAGAAACAGGCCAGUGCAGCAGAAGAUCGCAUUCGGGAACUGGAGGAAAUGAUGGCUGGAGAGCGGGAGAAGUUUAGGAAGAUGCUGGAUGCAAAGGAGAGGGAAAUGACAGACAUGAGGGACCAGAUGCAGCUUCAGCUUACGGAGUACCAAGAACUACUUGAUGUUAAAUUAGCACUUGACAUGGAGAUCAGUGCUUACCGAAAACUCCUGGAAGGAGAAGAGGAAAGGUUGAAGCUCUCUCCAAGUCCCUCCUCCCGUGUCACAGUCUCUCGGGCUACCUCCAGCAGCAGCAGCAGCAGCACUUCACUUGUUCGCUCUUCCCGAGGCAAGAGAAAACGUAUUGAAGCAGAGGAGCUUUCCGGCAGUGGAACCAGUGGGAUCGGCACUGGAAGUAUCAGUGGCAGCAGCAGUAGCAGUAGCUUUCAAAUGUCCCAGCAAGCUUCAGCUACAGGAAGUAUCAGCAUAGAAGAGAUAGACCUGGAGGGCAAGUAUGUUCAGCUUAAGAACAACUCAGAGAAGGAUCAGUCUUUGGGUAACUGGAGACUGAAAAGACAAAUUGGAGAUGGAGACGAAAUUGCUUACAAAUUUACUCCUAAGUAUGUCCUCAGAGCUGGGCAGACUGUUACAAUCUGGGGUGCAGAUGCGGGUGUAUCUCAUAGCCCCCCUUCUGUUCUCGUGUGGAAGAAUCAAGGCAGCUGGGGUACUGGUGGAAAUAUCUGCACUUACCUCGUCAACUCUGAAGGAGAGGAAGUUGCAGUGAGAAGCGUUACUAAAUCAGUAGUUGUGCGAGAGAAUGAAGAGGAAGAAGAUGAAGCUGAAUAUGGAGAGGAAGACCUUUUCAACCAACAGGGUGAUCCCAGAACAACCUCUAGAGGAUGCUCAGUGAUGUGAAGAAAGAAGAAAGAAACUAUUAUUUACGCUUUUCCCCCUUCAUUUAUUUCCUUUUAUUUUUGCUAUUUUUUCCUUCCAGAGCCACUGAAAACUAUUUUUAUAUGCAUCACCUGAUUUCUUUGACGUUUACUCCUUGGUACAUUUUUAUAAAAAAAUUCAAAAAAACUUUACUGAACAAAACUGCCAGGAUUUUUAAUAGAUUUCUUUAUUUUUCCCUCUUUGUUGAAACACUCUAUUGGAAUACAAUAUUUUUCCCCAUACAGAAUUUAAAGUCUUACAUAGAAACCUAAAGCAGGAAAGAGAUUUUUUAGCCAAGAUGAGACUCCUUGAGUGUACGGUAAAUCUAUAAUUACAUAUAUAACCAGUAUAAUACCCCCAGAAAAAAGGUUUAAUGAAGUGUGUUUAUGUACAGGGCCCUGGGAGAGAUUCACAGAGUGUUUCCUCAACAGUUGUAGAAAAGCUAGUAUUUUGCCUGGUAUUCUCAGCAAUUCCCAUCUUAGGAAAAUUAGACCAUAGAUUCAUUCAAAGUGCUGCUCUACAAUUGCAAUGUUAGGGGGAAGCUUCAUUUUUGGCAUUUUUGACUCAGGACCUGGCCAUUGUGUCUUUCUCCAAGGUUUGACAGCCUAGUGGUAAAACAUCUGGGUCUGUCACACCUGAGCUCCAUGUCAUAAUUUCAGAAGUUGAACGGUGGGUUUUGCUUCCUGAAUAUACACACCAUCCCAAGUUGGAUGUGUCAAACCCAAAAGUCAAACUGUUUGAUUUUUAGAGGAUUUUGCCAUUGUCACAAGUUAAAUCAUGGACACAAAUUGUGAUAUUCAGUAUUUAUAAUUUAAUGCUUUUGACAUACUCAGCUUUAAAAAUAUUUGAUUAAGAUUUUAGAAGUAAAACGUAUUUAUACUUUUGGCAGUUAUAAAUAUUGGGGAUUUUAAAGGUUAUUCAGUAUAAAUGUUGACCUUUUUAAUCAGAGCUAGAAAUAGCUUGUUCAUACUUCUGUUAGGUUCAAAAGAGCAUUGUCAGGUAUCCCAGGGAGCAAUAUUUGCAAAAUAGAGCAGAAAUAGUUGAAUGACUUUUAAACAGUUCAAAGGAACUGCCUCUGUUAAGGAUACAAGCUACGCAGUGUUCAAGUGCUCAAGGCAAAGUCUAAUAAGGAGUGAAGGGAGAAUAAUGUUUUUUAUAAAAAAUGCGUUGUAUGGGUAGCAGGUGAUUUUUAUUUUAAGAGGAUGCAUUUUUUAUCUGAUAGUGUCCAUUUAGCUAAAGGUUUCAGCCGCUGCAUUUCUCUGGAGAUAACUGAGUCCCAUAAGAGUUAGUGUUCAUCUUUAAGCAUGAGGAAAAAUACUUGACUGCUCCAAAGAAUGCAGAUGUUAUUUCAUCUACUAGUUGAAAAACAAACUUAGUAGUUUGGAUACAAAAUUUGGACACCAUUUGAUUUCAGCACAGAAUCCUGUUGUUACCUGCACUCUUGAACUCUGAUCAUGUCAUUCAAAAUGUUAAAACUCAUCAGACAAGUGACAAGGUUUGGAUGUUUUCGGUGGCUUUUGGACAUUAUGUUCUCUGAACAGUAUCAUGACUGACAGAUAUAACCUAGAAAGUCGGUUUUGUGGCUCGGAUUGAUGGCUUUGUUAUGCAAGCAGGGUGGGAACAAAAGGGGCUUUAAGCUUCAGGAUUUAUUUUGUCAUUUAAAAAUAAAGAUGCUACUUUUCUCUCCUUGAGUGGGAUAACUGGGUUGCUGAAGUUAAGCUAAUAGACAUUUAGAAUUAUGUUUUAAUCCAUUAUUAGAAGACCUAUUACAAAAAAACAGGAUAAAGAUUUGGCUGUUUGGGCUGAUGAGAUAACUGAAUUUAUGUACUUGGCCAUCUUUCUAAUGUAAUUUUCCCACUCUGCUCGUGUAGAAGGUUAAAUAUGUAGUAAAUCAUGUUUCUCUCUCUGUAAGAUGUAUCUAGUGAAAUUAUGUUUCUCAGACAUACUGUUACAAUUACCUUUUCUAAAUUCAUUGUUAUGCAAAUGAAUGCAAUCAGUGUAAAGUUAUUUUUGCAACACACCUUCCAACCACUGGACACUAUUUCCCUUUUCUGACCCACAGCUUCUGUAAGAUACUGACAUAGUGUUUGAGGCCUUUUUUGCUUUUUCCCUAAAGAUCUAUUUUUUUUUCACAUGGGCCAGUUUUCAGACUGCUUAUUCCUUUAAGAUUGUCCUGUAAAUUUAAGAUUAUUUUGUGAUCUUAAAUACUAAAGUAAUGAAUGUGUAGUUAAUUUACAUUUUUUUUCUGUGGUUUUUGGUUUGUUUGUUUUCUGUAAAGAAUGGCCUCAGAAAGGCAGCUCAAAUGAAGAAAAACCUCUUGCUACCUGAGCCAUAGUUUUCCUAACAGCUACUGUAUGAGGAAUAUGUCUUCUUGUAGCCUUAAGAACUGGUGCUUGCAGAUUUCUUGUAAUGAGCACUGUGCCCUUGAGUAACAGUCUGCUGAAUAUGUCCUUAGAAUUGGAACUCUGACAUUUAACUUUGGAAGCAGUUUAUUUGAUUCUUUGGGACCAUGCUUAGGUAUAUACAGGUCAAAUAAACCUGUGAUUGACACUGUGGGAAAAGCCAAGUCUGAAUGUGGAUGAUUCUGUUACCACAGUGCUUUUUAAUAGGCUACUACAAAUAUGAUAAAUAACUUCUGGCUGUAAAUUACAAGCCACAGAAGAACUACUGUAUACCAUGUACUUUGGUUUUUGUGUUGCCUUCUCCAGACACCAUCCCGGCCUCUUGCUUUUGAUACUGAGCUUCAGUCUAAUGGCGCUGUUCCAGACAGACUGGAGGCAGUUUUGUGGCUUUACCAACCCAAAAAGCAUUCUUUCUUUUUUUUUUUUUCCUAUCUUUCCAACAUUUUUUUUCCAUUUUCAGGAUAUUUAAUUUUUUUUUUGUUCAAAUAAAAUCCAGCAUCUCUUUGUCCCCUUUUUCUCUUUGAUCCUGUAUAUGAACCAGUCUUGACGAAAUUAGAAGCGUGGACAGCAGUUCUACUUCAGUGCUGGUACCUGGCAUAAAGCUUGAGGGAAAAAUAGAUUUGACUUGUCUGGAGAAAAAAUAUUUUAAGAUAUCACUGAUAAGGGAAAUUAAGCUUUUAUCAGAGUAGUUACUUGAGCAUAACUAUCCAUAUGGAUGUUCUUAAUCCAGAAAUAUAACCUUAUUCUGAAUGAAAUAGUAAAUAGGUUUUCCUAUUUACUAUUUCCUGUUGUGUAGCUCAUAAUAGAAUAUCAUAUAAAAUACAACAAGCACAUCCUGCUUCCUCCUAAGCUCAUGCCACAUGAAAACGCUUGUCUCAGAACAAGUCCAAUCCAUCUGCAGACCUGUCAGGAAUGUGAUACCUUCUGGAGUACCUUCUCAGAGUCCCUGGCAUUUCAUGCCAUUUUUUUCUCCCUUGCUUCUGCAUGUGUUCCUUUAACUGUUGCAUUGCAGUGACAUACUUCAAGGAGUGGAGUGGCUGGGAUUCCCUUGUUCCUGCACAUCCAUAUUUCCCGUGGUUCCUUUGCUGCCCCACAGGUGUAUUUCCUGUUCCAUUUGUUGCUUCACAGCUCUGUUUCACAGCAGGUCUCUUUAUGCCUACAUGGGGCUCCAGCUUGGCUCUAACAGAGCCCAUCAUUUGCACUGAGAUGUUGCCUACUUAUCCUCAGCUCUGUGUUACCAUUAGAUGGUAUUCCUGUGAUGUAAAAGCCAGCUGAGUAUGUGUGCAAGCUGGCAGUAGUGUGGGAAUUUUAGACAAGGAGAUCACUGUGUGGUGUCUGUCCUUGAGCAAUGGGACACUUCAUGUUCAGUUCAGGGAUCUUAAUGGGUUUUAUACACCCUUUUUCUUUUUUAUGCUCAUCCUGUAUAAAGGCCCUUUAACUGCAACCUUAACAGAGGUUGCAGGUUAGAAGAGACCUGUAAAAAUCCUCUCUACACCCCAGGACCUUGGAGAAUCUCUUACCUUUAUGCACAUCAGAAAGGUUUUGAUGCUGCAGGAAAACAUGCAUGCUGUAUGUUCUAGAUUUCUUGUAGCCACUUCUGUCAUGUAUUCACUGUUAAACCAUUCUAGCUCUUCUUUCUGUAUCUUCUUUUGAAAGUCUUAUCUCUAAACAAAGGCACAUCCAUAUUUGAUCCUGCAUUUUAUUGACACUGUUGGGUCCAAACUGUGCAAGCAAAGCCUUGUGAACCAGUGAGCGGAAGGUGAGAUAGUGAUUGCAUUUUUUAAAGCACUGUUUUAGCUGAAUGUCAGGACAAAUUAUAUUGGAGAGAUUGUUUUCUCAUUAUAUAGGCCUGGGAAACAGAAUUUUUAUUUGCCCUUCAAUAUGCUUAGCUUUAAACCAGUUUAAAAUUAUUUAAAGGUGUUUGUUGUUUUGUUUUUUUUUUAAUACAAGACCAUAUUUACAUGCAAUUAUUAUUUGUAAACAUAAUUCUUUUCUUGAAAUGCUAAGGUCUAGAGUGAAAAAGAUUCAAAGAAUCAUGAUUCUGAUGAUUCCAUUCAGAAUAGCACAGGUAGUGAAUUGACUUGGAGUUCCAGAAAAGAUGUUGUUUAUUGAACUUCCAGAUUUUCUAGUUAGCUGUUACUGAAGUGACAAGUCCAUCUUGGUAAGGCAGUUACUAUAUAUUCAGCUACCCAGAUCAUUACACUAAAAUUACAAGCAAUAAUCUAUUUUGAGCAAGUUUAAGCCAAAAUGCUUUCCAUUUGGGCACAAAAUACAGUUGAUAUCUUAUUUUCAUAGCAGUGAUGCCUUGUGACUUGAAUUUUUAUUUUUAAAAUUUUUUAAACAAAAUUUUGAUUUAGACAGGUCUGGCUUGAGGGCACUAUAGUAACCACCUCCAGUCAGCUGCUGCAGAUGAGUUUUUGGAAGGUUCAAGUUUUUUAAAUGGGGAAUUAUGAAAAAGAAACACAAAGACAAAACAAUGAAAUUGUUCACUUGAAACUUAGAAAAACUACAUCAUGACCUAGACUUUACCAUUUCAAAGUGGUUUGGUUUUUUUCUUUUUAGAAUAUGCAUGCCAAAUGUCUUGUCUUUUUCAAUGAUUUGUAAUAUACAUUUUAUGACUGGAAACUUUUUGUACAACACACUCGAAUAAAUGUUUUGCAUUUUA